AUGUUUCUCCACUCGGGAGCAAGCCUUCACGGGCACGAGUUUUCUUUAAAGAAAUCUGCGUCUGCAGAAGCUCAAGCAGGUGCCCGUCGGUCACCAUUGCUCUUCUCCCCCUUCCGUCCCUCUCCCACACGCGCCUCGACGGCACCUAUCAACUCCGACUCCCCACAGCUGCGAUCAUGUUUACCGCAGCAAAGACCAGAACUCCGAAAGCGGUCCCCCACGAUAGAAGAACCGGUCGUUCGCUUUCAUGAGCCACUGGUGGUUGAGGAGAUAAAGUUGGAGUCGGCGAAUGCCACUGUUACUGUUGCUUCGUCUGUUACCGAGGGUGAUGGCUCAUGCUCCGAGGCUGAGGGCAGUGAGCUGGGGAGGACUUUGGCUGUCCCCGUAACAAAGAGCGCGGGAAGAAGGCGCCAAAAACAAACACGGCGAACCAACACUUUCUGUAUAGCCAGGCCGCCGCCACGGCUUGUCAAGAAGAGGUUGAUGCAACAAAUCAGACCUAAGCUUUUAUUACAGCUACAUCAUAUAUCAGCAGAUCGGCGCCCCACCCCGGUACUGGACGUCUUCCCCGCUGCCACCAUAGACAGCCCUGUUGUUGGUGGAAGGCUAGCCGUCAGAUUCCCCCGAGUGUUUGGCGUUGGGAGCAAGGGGUCGACGCUGGGGUCGCAAGAUGUGAUACUUUUCCGGAGUGAGGAGUAUUGCAGUACUUCAACUUGCGGGAGCACUACCGACGUUCCGACAGACGACGGUAGCUUGAGCCGCAGGGAUUUGGUGGCCGUGCUCAGCCCUCUGCGACGUGAGGAUCGGACCGAGAUUGUCUUAAGUGACGGCAACGUGUGGACAGCUAGACGUCUUCCUAACGGCUCAUUCGAGUUCCAGCACACCGACGACGAAGGGUCUACCAAGACGGCACGCUGGGUUAAGAGGGGCGGAAGUGGAACAAUGAGCCCGAGCAACGUGUCGGUUCGGGAAUUUGGCGGAACGGAUCUUAGCAGCCCUAUCAGUCUUUCAAGCUGCGGAACUUUUGUGUCUACCGAGUACAAGUACACUUUCAGUGUCAUAGACCCCACGAUGCGUCGGCAUCCCAUCAUAGCGUCCUUGACGAGGGAUGCACUCAACAUCAACGAAACUUACACCACGGUUUCUGCCAAGCCGGCAUCGGCUGAGAAGGAUGAAGAAUCUGGAGAUGAAACCGAAACCGAGGAACCUGUGAUCAAAUCCGAGCGUCACACACUGCCGGUGGACGAAAACCUGCGCAGCUUGAUAUCUAUCACGGCUCUUUGGGUCACACUAUGCCUGGACGGAGUCAUGCCAGCGACUGAUCCAACACGUGGAAACGGACAGUCUCGCUCCCGCAGCGGCUCGUUGAAUUCCCAACAGACCAGCCCGCUCGGGUCUCCAAACCGCCGUCAGACCAUCUCGUGCGCGUCGGCCAAUGGCGAUUCGUGCCAGCCCGUCACUCUACCCCAGAGGGCGACGAGCACGGGCGCGGCCUAUAUGCAGCGCCGCAUCCAGAUGUCAGACGCCAGCGACUCGGAACGUUCGGCGAGUCGCAGCAACAGCAAGGGACGCCGGGUUUUGAGGGGGCACUUUGUGUGUCGCCAGGCAAGCUUCGGUCAAUCGAUCACGGCUCCUGGGAGCGACGGUUCCGCGUCGACCCGCCCUUCCUCUAGGGAGGGGAAGCCUGCGGAUCCUGCACCAUCCAUGUUUGUUGCCAAGCACAAGAGGUCAGCAUCAGGAGAGGUCAUGCCGACCGCGCCCAAGGAACCUCAUCAGGGGAGAAGGGUACAGUCUGCAUUCUAUACCACCACACCUAUAAAGGUCCCUGAACACGAAGACGAUCAUUACGAUGCGGACCUCGCUGGUCUGGCGUUGCAGACUACCAAACCCGAGGUGAAUGAAGAAGCGGUAGAACAGAACGCUUUAGCCAGGAAGUGGAAGAAGUUUGGACAGUGGAUCCGGCGGUUCGGGCGAUAG